CGAUUGAAGCAAGUAAUUAAUUGUUACGAUGGCAGCGUCAUGUGGAGGCAGAUACCGGGAUUCGGGCUUCGAAGCCUGUAUGAUCAAACAAAUACUGUUCAUCUAUCCGCAGGACCGCAGGAAUUGAAGCAUACCCUGCCGAGUACAGUAACACGAGCAGGGCGCAGUUGGAAUUUCCGGCAGCGUCGAUUAGACCCAGGAUAAGUUAUUCCGGAACAGGCGAGAUUGCAGCGAACAAAUGAGAAAACACCACAGCCACACUGUCCUUCACCUGGUCGGUUCGUGUGUUAUCCUUUUUGAAUCAGGCCUGCGUUCACUGUUUCGAUUUUGGUCAUCGUUUGUGACUCUCGUUUCCAUUCUUUUGCAGCGACCAGCACAAUAUUCGCACUUCGCUCAUUCAGUCAUCACAAUGGCGACGAAAACCGUCGCCGUCACAACGACAUUCACUCCCGCGCCGUCCUGCUUCGCGUCAACGUUCACUGUCGGAACACGGUACCGCGAUGUUCUCACCAGAGCAUACGGCAACAACGCGAUCAUUCGAGGUGUUGAUCCUGUCUGCUAUCCCGGGAAAUUCUACAGCAUCGAUUCCAUAGUAGGCGGCACAACGGUGGCACCAUUCUACUCUCCAGGAAUAUGUCCUUCGGGAUGGACUACGGCCACGACUACCGUACCAGCUGGUGCGACUGUUACUACUGCAACAUGCUGUCCAUCUCUUAUGGGCCCUGAGAAGAAUAGCCUGACGAACAGCCUUAUAAGCUACUGCGUCGGGGGCUUUUACACGGCAUCAACGGGUGGUCCAGGUACCACGAAUGUGGUUGUCGUCAGCGCUGUCACAACUUCAAGUACAACAUCGCUCUCGACAGGAACCAUAGGCAUAUAUGUCAGCUACCAGCUUCCGAUCGUGAUUCGAUACGAAGCGUCUGACGUCUCGCUCUUCUCCUCGUCUACAUCGACAGCAUCAACAUCUUCUAGCACAGCAACAGAUACAGCAAGUCCUUCCGAGACUUCAGGAAGCAGCAAUGGGUCUCUCUCCUCAGGAGCUUCGAUCGGACUCGGCGUCGGGCUUGGAGUCGGCGUAAGCAUCAUCCUCAUCUUGGCAGCUCUCCUAUUCUGGACACGCCGCAAGAAAACUCGCAGGGCGGCAAACACGGUCACCGUAGUCCCUAAAGGGCCAACAUAUCCCACCGAGCCAUACGACCCGCACAUCUAUUCACAACACGAGGCCAAGAGUUCCGCAUCUGAGCCUCCGGCCGCAGUACCUUAUCAAUCCCCGCAACAAGUUUAUGAGGUCGAUGCUGGCUAUAAUGGCCCAUCAGAACUACCGACCCACUAGGAAGGCCACGAAGCCGGGUCCGCAAAUUCGGGCUCUGGACCUCGCUAUAGGAACCCGUUAUGACAGCACCACAGGACAGAGCCAAGAUCCAACGUCCAUGUAUGGACGAAUCCGCGCCGGAAAGAUAAUUUCACGAUCGUGCCUGGCGUCGAAACAACGUCACGUUUGCUUCAAUAAAGAUUUAUUCCACCGUCGUUGAGCUUGGCCGUUCCCACUACCAUGGAAGCAAAUACAUCGUUGCCCAGAUCCCCCGCGCGCACGAAUCGUGAUUUGUUCGAGAAGUGAGCAAGUAACACUU